CACAAAGCACAAAAGAAAUAUGGUCUGAACAUUGUACAGUGGGAAACUCUUGCUGGACAUCAUGAUGGACAGGAUAAACCAGAAAUCUCAGGGGAGGGAAGGACUAAGAAAGUGUUAGAGUUGUGCUUAGGGCAUGCAGUUCAGUGGGGGACAGCGGAGCAUAAUCUGUGAUGAAGACAUGGACAUAGACCACAGUAGCCUUUCUACAAAGUCAUCCAGUGGGCUCAAAAAAGAGCAGCCCGGGCCAAGCAGAACAUCUGUAUACGAAAGACCAGGACGUAUACUCUUUGCAGUUCUACAUUGAGAUGUAUCACCAGGAAAAUAUCCAUUUUGCCAUUUUUCCUCCAAUGAAAACAAAGAUUCUAGUGAUGUCUUGAUAUAUAUGAAUGAGAUGCAAUCCAAUAAUGUCCUGGCAACUUGGAUUAUAGAGAAGAGUAAAAUUCAUAACCACAGCGGGGAAUUACCUUUAUUUACUCAGGGACUGCUCUCAGUUAGAAAGGACGAGCAGCUGUCAGGUCAGGCCUCACUCCAGAGCCCAAAGCCAUCAAAGGCAGGGAGGAAAGGACAGCUUUUCUGCAGACGAGAGCAAUCACACAAAUACCUGAUGGCCAGCGUAUCUAACUCAUGCGUAAAUGACCUCUCAAUCGAUCUGAAGCCACAAAUUACAACAUACACAGUCCAAUUUGGCAGGCCGACAAGAUCUAGUCUUUUACGGUCUGCACAUCAAUCUGCAUCCUUAAGUAGAACCAUUCCAAUUCAGCAUGAGCUAUUGUCUGCUGAAUCAUCUCCAGGAAGAGCUUCUAGAGAAAGAAGAGGGCUGCAAGAGAUGCCUACCUCGCUUGGAGAGACAGCCCAUUCCUUUCUGGUUGGGGCUCGGUAUAACAGGAACUGCAUUGAUUCUCAAGCCUUUCAGAAAUAUGGGCUUUUUGUUUCCAGAAGGCAACCAAGAGUUUCCUUUCUCACCAACAGCAAAAUAGAUGGUCAGAUGACAAACCAGAGACAAGAAGAUGAAGCUGUAACUGGACAUCAAACUCAAGUAAAAACAUCUGACAAUCCCAACUGAUCUGCUCCAUUGAGUAUAGUUCUAACCCUGUCUUGAGGGCUCCGUGAUGGCCACUGGAUGAUGUACAACCAAAGAAAGACAAAAGCAUGUAAUAUUCCUGAAGUCGUCGUUCAAGAAUGAAAAUAAGGUCAUUUCUGCACACUGUGGAAAAUUACAAAGAGGAACAGUGGGAAUCUGAAAUGCAAACAAAAUCAACCCCUAAGAAGUUUCCUAAGGAUAUCCAUCAUUGUCAAAUCCUCUUUGCUAUAUAACUGUUGUAUGACCAGAGAAAAGCGUGCUGACUGCUGGAGAUAUUGUUUUCCUAAUACAAAUAUUAACCUAUGAGUUCCUCCUCUGAAUGUAACAAUAAACACAUUUCAACACCUGGUUCAAUAAACA